UAAUGAAUUUCAUUUACUACCUGAAUGUUUUGCUAAUAUUAUAUUUCUAUCACAGAGAACGACGGUGGUUUUGUGUGCUUUCAGACAUUAACUCUUAAGAAAUGUCACAUCUUCUUUUAAAUGGAAGCUGAUAGAUAAGAAGAGCCGAGAUGACUGCCAUGGAAUACGAAGACAAUGAAUCCAAGUUCAUCAGAAAAGCCAAGGAGAAUCCAUUUGUCCCUGCAGGGUUGGCUGGGUUCUUUGGCAUUGUGGCUUACAGACUGUUCAAGCUGAAGAGCAGAGGAGACACGAAGAUGUCCGUGCACCUGAUUCACAUGCGUGUGGCUGCGCAGGGCUUCGUGGUGGGAGCCAUGACUCUAGGAGUGAUCUACUCUAUGUACAGAGAGUACAUUCUCAAACCCGCUGAAGCACAGAAAGCGUUAGAGCAGAAGGCACUGGAAAAUAAGUAAAGAGAAGUGUGUUCGAUUCCUGCGAUAUCCUUAACACCGACUGUUUUGUAUUUAUUGCUAACAUAAGAACUUUUAAAAAAAUAAUUUCCUUUUUAAACUUUAAUAAACCUCUGAAAGAGAGGUUUGCGUUUUCAUUAUGUUGCCUGGCAUGUUUGAGAAACACUGUAAAGUAUUGUAGUUUAUUUUGCAACCACCAGCUGCUAUUUAUUUAUCGUAUCAGUAACAAACUGAUGAAAGCAAUCGUUUUUUUUUUUUUUUUCUGAAAAUAUUUGGAUUAGUAGAAUCUAUGCAGCUCUCACGUCGAUGUUGUGCCGGUGUUUCAGCACAGAGGUGUGGCAUUAAGACCUUUGUGCUUUGUAAUUCAAGAGUUUCUUGUAUCAUUUGAGUCACCAGACAAAAGAAAUUCCAGGACAGCAACCCUAAUGAACGCAAUAUGGGGACUUCGCCACUGCUAAACUAUAACGGUUCUAGUUCUUUGCAGAUGUUGUUACAAACAAGAUCUUCAGGACUUCA